AUGGGAGUGAAGAAAAUUAGACAAACAGAUUACAAUGAAGUCCAUAAGAUUACUUCAGGCCAAGUUAUAAUCGAUUUGGAAAGUGUGGUGAAAGAAUUGUUAGAAAAUAGUCUUGAUGCCAAUGCCACCAAUAUCGAAAUAGUGUUCAAGGACUACGGACUGCAAUCAAUAGAAGUCAGCGAUAAUGGGACGGGAAUAAGUGAGGAGGACUUCGAAGGGAUUGCAUCUAAGCAUCAUACUUCUAAAAUACAGAAUUUCGAAGACUUGCAAUCGAAUGUGCUGACGUACGGGUUCCGAGGUGAAGCAAUGUCAAGUUUAUGCUAUGUUGGUGAUGUAAAAUUGAUCACUAGCACCAAGGAAAGUGCCCCCAAGGCCACAAAGUUGGAGUUCGAUCAUAUGGGUAGCAUAAUAUCAAAGACCACCACUUCCAGAAGUCAAGGUACUUCGACAGUCGUCAGUGAUAUAUUUUCCAGUCUACCGGUGCGACGGAAAAUAUUCUUGAAAUAUUUGAAACGAGAAUACUCAAAAGCAAUAAAUUUGAUUCAAUCUUAUUGUAUUGUUUGCGAGAAUGUCAAAAUAUCCGUUUACAAUGUCCCAGGGAAAUCGAAUGGGAAAAAAAUGGUGUGUGGCACAGGUUCGGAUAGCACUAUGCUCGAUAAUAUUAUUAGUAUAUAUGGAUCUUCAAUGAAGAAAUCUUUGAUGAAGCUUGAUUUCACUCUCUCCAUCAAACUCAAGAAAUUCCAUCAGCAAUUAGUUGAUGACCUUGAUCAAUUAGAUGAGGGAGAGAAGGGGUAUGAGGAGGAAGAAGAAGAAGAAGAAGAAGAAGAAGAAGAAGAAGAAGAAGAAAUAAAUAACCAGCGAGACAUCAAUGAAAAAAUGUUGCUAAAAUUUGACGGAUAUGUCUCCUAUCAUUCUUUUGGGUUAGGUAGAAAUUCAAGUGACAGGCAGAUGAUUUUCAUCAACUCUAGGCCUGUUAUUACUCCGAGAUUCACGAAAAUUAUAAAUGAGGUAUAUCGCUCAUAUAAUAGAUUACAAUACCCAGUAAUUUUCUUGAACGUUCAAGCUCAUGUCAAAUAUCUUGAUAUUAAUGUCACCCCUGAUAAGAAAACAAUUAAUUUCUUCAAUGAAGGAUUAAUAUUAGCAGAGCUUAAAGAAAAAAUCAAUCAACUAUAUGGGGAUCAAAGUGAUAUUAUACCUAAUACCCUCACUUCGAAUUUUUCGAGUGCAUAUAAUCCUUCGCUAUCUUUUAGUCCUAAAGGAUCCCAAAAGGAAAGUCGAGAGUCUUUGGAAAGAAAACGAAAACAAGAGGAUAUAGAAGGCAUCGAGAAGUAUAAUCUCGAUGAAUUAUAUUCGAAGGCAAAAAAACAGAAAUUACAACAAAAGAAUAUUCAAGAAUUUUUCCCUUCAUCUCAGCACAGCUCUACCAAUGAGGCCUCAGAUCAGAAUGAAGCCUCAGAUCAUAAUUCUGAGCUCGAAGCUGAGCAGGAUGGUGUUAUCCCUAAUUGGGACACAGAGAAUAUUGAUGAAGAGGAACGUGGCGUUGAUGCUGAUGAGCAAGAAGAUGAAGAUGAAGAUGAAGAUGAAGAUGAAGAUGAAAAAGAUGAAGAUGAACAAGAGCAAGAACAAGAACAAGAGCAAGAGCAAGAACAAGAAAAAGAAGAAGAAGCAAAAGAGCAGAAAAAAUCAGAAGAAGAUUUGAGUUACAGAGAGCCUGACAAAGCCACUAUCAGCAGCCAGACUGAUGAUUUUGAUAACAGUUUAGUGAAUGAUACUGUCGAAGACGUUCAAUCAAGAAGCUUUGCUCUUGGAAUUCAGGAAACACCUGAUACUGGUGAAUCAAACACUGAUCCGUUGAACAAUUCUGACCUCAAAGAUUCUAGUAUUAGUGAGAAUCAAACUGCUCCAAAAAAACAUCUGCCUCAUUGUAAUUGCUGCCACGAAUCACCAUCCAAAAGAGAAACUGCUGAAGUUAAUGAGAAUACACAAUCUUCUAGAAGUUCAAAAUCAGCAGAUUCAAUUGUCAAUUCAAAAUUUUCAAAAAACUUCUUGACAAAAAAAAACUAUGAUUCUCUUAAUUAUACCAUCAGAAUCGACGCUGACCUAAAGGAUAUUAAAAAUGAUUUCAAGUAUGAUCAUAAUACAACAUUAACUAAACUUGAUAAUCUUGUUUUUGACGACGUCACAGAGGAUUCGAAGAAGGCUGAAUCAAAACUCUCAUUAACCAUAAGCAAAUCAGAUUUCUUGAGAAUGAAGGUUGUUGGUCAAUUCAACUUGGGAUUUAUCAUAGUAAUUAAAGAGGAUGAUCAGGAAUUGUUUAUCAUUGAUCAGCAUGCCUCGGACGAGAAGUUCAAUUUUGAGAGAUAUUCAAAAGAAACAAUAUUCCAAAACCAACCUUUAGUGAUUCCUCAAGAGCUACUAUUGGACCCAAUUGAUAAAAUUAUUGUUGAUGAUCAUCUAGACAUUUUUAAAAAGAAUGGCUUUGAAGUGGUUUCCAAGCAUGAUGCAGAUUCUGAUUCUACAAAGCUUUAUUUGACAACAUUGCCAAUGUCAAAAGGAACGAUAUUUGAUACUUCAGACUUCAAUGAGUUGAUCUCUUUGAUUAAAGAGAACCAGGAUAUCGGAACACGAAAAAAUUUGGAAUCUUUGAAGUGUUCCAAGAUAAGGUCUAUGUUUGCCAUGAGAGCUUGUAGAAGUAGUAUAAUGAUUGGCAAGCCACUAACAGAGAAAACCAUGGUUAGGGUAGUGAGAAACCUACAUGGGUUGGAUAAACCUUGGAAUUGUCCCCAUGGAAGACCAACGAUGAGACAUUUGACUAAGCUAGAUCAGUUCCAAAGUUUCAAUGAUGAUUAUUCAUUGUAA